GAGAUCAGAUAAUAAAAAAAACUGUUCUCUCCUCUUCCUAAAUUUAGCAAUGCCUUUUUCAUCCACCCCACGGCUUCCUCUCACAACCCCACGAAUCCAGCUCCAAGUUUGCAUGCAUUCUUACCGUUUGUCCACCCAACAAAGCAAUCCUUUCUAGUUGCUGCGAGUUGCAUUCCCCACAUCAUGGCAAGACGAAUAAGACCUUUUGUAAAAAAAAAUCGUCGGCCUGUUUGAUCUUUCUUAGUGUAUGAUAUGAAGUAUCAAUUGGAUUGCUUGGCAUUCGAAGCACUCGGCAAGAUUUGACCCUCCAGAGAACUUUUCUAAAGAAGAAGGCUCCCAUGAUGGUAGACGAUGGCAUGGAUUUCAGCCCUCAGAAAAACAGUAAUGAUUUCGACCGCGACAGUUUCGAAGACGAUGAAUUCAUUGAAAUUCAAUCUGCAACUUCGAAAGCACCUGCUCACUCGCAAGUCCCUCCCGAUAAUAAGAAACCAAAGUCCAAGAACAAGCCAGAUCAGAUCGAGAGACCUAGCCCGGCCAAUCUUUACCAGGUCUCUACAAUGAGCACGGGGCUGCCCCAAUCCCAAACAUCCGAAACAAGCGCAACGAGCGCCAACAAUGCGGAAACCGUCGUCGGCAAUGGCAGCUUGGAGAGCAGCCGCAGCACACGGAGCAAUAGCAUAGAGAGCAGCGUCAGCUCGGCGUCGGCGUCAGCCACGUCGGCGAACGUGAAGCGGCACACUGGCGGGGACAGCCGGUGGGAGGCGAUCCAGCAGGCGACGGCCCAGGAGACGGCGCUCAACCUAGGCCACUUCCGGCUCUUGAAGCGGCUGGGCUACGGCGACAUCGGCAGCGUGUACCUGGUGGAGCUCCGCGGCACGUCGGCCUUCUUCGCGAUGAAGGUGAUGGACAAGGCGUCGCUCAUCAGCCGGAACAAGAUGGCCCGCGCGCAGACGGAGCGCGAGAUCCUCGUCCUCCUCGACCACCCUUUCCUUCCCACGCUCUACACCCACUUCGAGACCGACAAGUUCCACUGUCUCGUCAUGGAGUACUGCAGCGGCGGCAACCUCCACUCCCUCCGUCAGAAGCAGCCGGCCAAGCAUUUCACCGAGCAGGCCGCCAGAUUUUAUACCGCCGAGAUACUGCUUGCCAUGGAGUACUUGCACAUGCUGGGGAUCGUGUACAGAGACUUGAAGCCGGAGAACGUGUUGGUCAGGGACGACGGCCACAUCAUGCUGUCGGACUUCGACUUGUCGCUGCGGUGCUCCGUCAGCCCGACACUUGUCAAGUCGUCUUCGGUACACAACACCAGCGGGAACGUUAGUGCCGGCGCCAGCGGCAUUGGCUCGGCCGGCGAGGGCGGCGAAGGCUUGGGUCCCAACCAGGGUUGCAUCCAGCCGUCGUCCUUCUUCCCGCGCAUCCUGCCGCGCCGCAGCAGGAAGGCGUCGAAGAGCGAGGUGAAUCUCAACGCGGCGGCCGCGGUGGAGUUCAACGCGGAGCCCACGGACGCGCGCUCCAUGUCGUUCGUGGGCACGCAUGAGUACCUUGCCCCGGAGAUCAUCCGCGGGGAGGGCCACGGCAGCGCCGUGGACUGGUGGACGCUGGGAAUCUUCCUCUACGAGCUGCUGCACGGAACCACGCCCUUCAAAGGAGCCGGCAACCGUGCCACUCUCUGCAACGUCAUCGAGCAGCCGCUGCGGUUCCCCUCCGACUUCGGUGGCCCUGCCGGCGGGGCCAGUGCCGUCGCACGGGACCUCAUCCGCGGGCUGCUGGUCAAGGAGCCACAGAAGCGAAUUGCGUUCACGAGGGGCGCCACGGAGAUCAAGCAGCACCCGUUCUUCGAGGGCGUCAACUGGGCGCUGGUGAGGAGUAUGGCGCCGCCGUCGGUGCCGGAGCCAGUGGACUAUCGGCAGUACGCAGCUGCCGCCGGUAAGGAGAAGAAUGCGCCAGAGAGCGCCACCGCCAAGUCGAGCACCGGCGAAGCUCAGAGCGAUUUCGAGUACUUCUAGGAUGGGUGAGACUUGCAUUAGGUUGUUUGACUUCUGAUCCAACUUCUAAGAAACGUAUAUAUGCUUCACGCACUGAUGCACUAAUUAAUAUGGAAAGUAUGUAGUGAUUUUUCUUUACUUUUUUGAGAGAGGUGAUUUGACGUUCUUUCAACUUGUUGUAAUCAUUUCCUUCCUCAACACGAUUUUUGUAUGUACAAUUUGUUUGACAUAAAAAGUGCUGCAUGUUAUUGGUUCAUUCUUUAAAAAAUAAA